GGAGCUACACCACUACUUCAUGAGCUCUGUCCCUCGCAUGCAUAUGAAUAUGUGGACUUCCGCAGUAAGCAAGCAUCUACUGCCCAAAUGCGCACUCGAUGGACUCGGCGCGCGUUGCGAUACCUAUAUUGUAUAUCUGUUGGAAUGUAUUUUCGGUGAACUUGUUCUCUUUUGUACUGUUAGUAGACUCGUCUAAUGUGCUUUGCGAUGUUUUGCCCCGGUUCAUGAGUUGGGAGGCGCAGGUGGCGGGUAGACGAAUUGGUGCGGGAGAACAGGCAGCGUAAAUGCAGCCGCUUCAUUGGAGUGGAGAAGAUCAGGCUUUCGGAUACCAGGUAGAGCGCAUUCACACAUGGCGUAAAGGGGAAGGGAGG